AUGGAUCAGGUCGACGAAGAUUGGAUUCGAGCGCAGGCCGCGAAACAAGGCCGCGCGCCUUCCGCCGCAGCAGACGACGGCGGAAACUACGCCGUUAGUGUGGGGAAUGGCGCCAGUGGGGAAACCGAAGCGAAUGAAACGACCGGGGAGAAAGAGGAGGGCGUAACCGGUCAAACCACGUGUCCUAAGAAGGAGGCUUUUGGGAACCCCGCGCACGAGAGGUUCAGCCAUGGCAGCCGCGCGAGCAGCAUAAGUAGCGGAGGAGUCGGAGCAAUAGAUUGGGUAGCAGGCAGCAGUAUGAACGCGUCUAGCAACAAGUCUUCCCCCGGACUUCCCGCGGAUGACUCCCCGCAUCCCGCCAUUCCCCCCUCCGCCCCCGCCUCCGCCCUCUAUCGCGAAAAGCCCUCCGCUCCCCCCGCGUUCGCCUUCCCCCAGGCGCAGCCUCCCCCGGGAAACGCCGCUGGUGAGUUAAAGCCGCUCCGACCACCCCCCGGCGCGUACCGGCGGUCGGUUUCGAUGGCUGACGUGGACAAGGGGAAGAAUUACGUGUUAAGCGCUAGGGUUACUGAGCGACAUAGCUCGCUGAAAAUGUCGUCGUCGUCGGUUGAAUUUCCAGCCCUGAGGCGAUUCGCCGACGUCGCAGGCGACGCAGGCGACGUCGCGAGGCCCGAAGACGUGAUCUGGAAGAAUCUUAUCGCGUCCGCUCAGGUACGCAAUCGCGAGCUUUCCGGGCUCCGCGAGGCGUCUUGUAACGCGAACGAGCGGGUCAGAAGCGGCAACAGCGAGUGUGACAGUAGCGAGGGUCUAGGCUCGUUGAGCGUGAAACGGAAACCGGUCACGGUGCUAGAAGGUUUAGAGGAGGAGGAGGAAGAGGGAAAUGCUAUCCAGGUGACCCUUCGAAAGGAAGCUUCGCGCGAGAUAACGCCUCGACCUUCCACUGCUCGAGAGGCAAGUUCGCAAGAAGCUUCUCGCGAGAUAACGCCUCGUCCCUCCACUGCUGCUACUGACGUUGCCUCUACCCCAACAACCGACGCCCCGUGGACUCCCACCUUCGAACGAGACGGGGCCAUGCCGCCGUCCACGCCGCAAUCGGCGGCGGAGUCCGCGGCGGAGAGGGCCGCGCGGAAGGCGGCGCAGGGGUCCUGCAUUCCGCCGAGGGCGCAGUCCCCGCGGAGGCGCAACAGCGGGUUGUUCCGCAAGCAGGGCUCCGGAAGGCUUGAUGGGCCGCAGAGACAGGGGUCGGGGAGGGGGCUGGCGGGACUGGCUUCCGCGGCAGCGGGCGCAGCAGCAGGCGCAGGCGCGGGGGCGGGUAGGAGCAUAUCGCGCAUGUCUUCUGUUAAGAAAUGGCGGGUGUUAAACGCACUUGUUAAGCAGAUGAACGUAGAGGAUGCGGAGAACGAGACUGCUGACGACGGGAACGGGAACGGCGGCGGCGGCGGCGGCGGUGGCGGCGGCGGGGGCGGUUUCAUUGCGACUGAAACGCAUUCCGGGGCGGAAAAUUCCGAGUCGGAUAAGAGCGGGUGGGGCGCGCCGAGUUUCUCAGGAAUGAGCGUUGGGGGGGAUACGGAGGGCGGAGGGGGCGGGCAGACGGAGGAGUUCAGCGUUCCGUGGAGUUUCGGCAGUAUGGGGGAUGUAGAGCGGUUCAAUAACACUACAGGGGGCGGGUUUGCUGAUUAUAGCGUGGCAGCUGCGAGUGUGUGCCAGGUUUCCCCCGCGAUUUUUGAGGCGCAUUUGCAUUUGGCGGAGACUAUGGCUAGGGAGGAGAUGGAGCGGCAGCAGAGGCAGCAGCGGCAGGAGGGGCGGCAUGGCAAGGGGCCACGAACGCCACGAACGCCACGAACGCCGAGAACGCCAAGGGGCAUGGGCUUCCGCAGCAACUCGCGCAGCAACUCCCGCCCCAACCAAAAGAGCACCUGGGACCCCCACCACGUGUCAGUGCGAGCAGCCAAGGUCAAGCGAGCCAUCGGCCACGUGUUUCGCAAAAUCACCGCCAAGCCGCUGGGUUUCCUGCGCAAAUUCAAUCCCGCGCGCCGGGCUACGUGA